CGACCACAGCUUAUCACCACUUUCGGACGACAGCAAUUAGAGAGAGAACCCUCUCAGAACGACCACAGCUUAUCACCACUUUUGGACGAGAGCAAUUAGAGAGAGAACUGACUGCAAGAACAAUAUUUUUUCGAAUCACAAGCAGCACUGCCUUCAAGUUCAGAAAAAGUAUAACAACUACAUAUAACCCACCAGCAGAGACGCGUACGCGUUCAACAGAGCACACGGCCCACAUUAUCUUGUCAACAACAGAAGAUCCACAAACACCACUGCCUUCAAGAUCAGAGUCACAACUAACCCACAAAUAGAGACGCCCAUACACGAAUUCAACAGCCGAGCACACGACUCGCCCAACUUUUUUGACAGUCUUUCCUUGGCAGCAACUUCGAACACAAACAUGGCUGGUCGAUAUGUUUUAUCUAAUUACAACACAGCAGAAGAUGAACAGCCAAGGAUUGCCUCCAGGGCAAACGAUCUAAGAAAAGCUGAAGCUAGCUUUACUGCAUCUGCUGAGGGAAAAAUACGGAGUGUGGUACUGUACGACACGGAAAAAGAUGAAGUUCUUAAGAUUGGUAUCGAAGGAGAACCAAUUUAUCUGGUCAGGGCUAUUGAAUUGGCCAGAAAGGAGAAGAACCCCAACGCUGCUGUUUCUGCUACGAAGAUGGUAGCAAUCAAAGCCGCUGCAGGAUAUGCCAUCGGGGAGAUUGUGAAAGCGCUAACAGGCGCAUCAGUUCCGGGUGUUGGCGGAGUAAUUAUGGCACAUUUCUUGGGCCCAUAUUACGCCAUCAAGGGUGAUGGGGCCGCAGCUGCUGCUACUGGCGCAGGCCUGUGGGGUUGCGUGUCUGGGGCGGUUAUAGGAACUCUAAUUUUCCCUGGGGUUGGCACUAUCAUUGGAGGUGCUGUACUAGGUGGAGCGAUAGGUGGAGCGACAGCUGGUAUAGCUGCAGGAGCACUAGUUAAAGCGUUUACACCACCAAGUCCCAAAUGUACCAACUGUGGAGGAAGCGGUCUGGUUGAUGAUUUCAGGACAUGUCCUAAUUGUAGCGGAUAUGGGUACAAAAAGUAAACGCUUAUCUUAGACGUUUAUUUUUUUUUAAAACUAGGCCUAUAAGCCUAUAGCUAACACUUUUUUCCUUAAAUCAUCCUAUAUAUUAUAGCAGUUUUUUAUGUAUAAAUACAACACUGAAACAAACACAAAGAUACAUUGAACUUAUUUUUUUCCUCAAGGUUCCCAAGAAAUGAAUAGGUACCAUCCAAUUUCAUUUUCUCAAAUGUAUACUGCUUCUCCCAAGAAAACAAACAGAUUUUUCAUAACUUGCUUACAGGUGACAUCAUGAUAGGCCAUUACCAAUGCUUCUUGCACAAAGUCGACAUGCUUCAAAUUGUGUGUAUUGCUUAUUUCCCAGAAUUGCCCAGCUUUGGUGCAGUGGCGCACCCAGGAUCUGGCUAGGGGGGCCGGGCUCAAACAUUGUUUUUUAAAAAAAUUUAGAAGU